CGCGACGACAAUCAGCAACUAUAACUAACAAAUAUUUUUGAAAUAGAUAAAUGUAGUUUGCGAACGAAAAAGUUACACUUUGUUAAGUCUAUGUGACUCUGUCUGUCGAGUUAAUUGUUGAAACGCUAAAUGUACCGCCUUCUUUGGUAGAUAGCUACCUCCUUACUAACGUUAGCUUUCUAAGAUAUUGUUGUUGAGUGAGAUAGGAAUCUAGCUAAGUUAGCUGGCUAUCAAGGUGGAGUCAGCAGCAGCACAAAAUGACUUCCGCCUCUACUAAGGUGGGAGAGAUCUUCUCAGCCGCAGGAGCUGCCUUCACCAAGCUGGGUGAGCUUACCAUGCAGCUGCAUCCAGUAGCUGACUCCAGCCCUGUAGGAGCCAAAUGGACAGAGAUGGAGAUCAAGAUAUUGCGUUCAGCUGUGCAGCGUUUCGGUGAUGAUCUGAACAGCAUCAGCUCUGUGAUUAAGGAGCGCACUGUAGCCCAGAUAAAGACAACAGUGAAGAGGAAACUGUAUGAGGACAGCAGGAUGCCCCUCUCCUCAGACUCUCUCAAAAAGACCACCAAGAAGACCAUGGUCACCAUGGCAGCCGCACCAGCACCCUUGGCCCCCACAGUAAUUGCUGUGCCCACCUCACAGGUUGUCCUGACAACAGGGCUUCAGAGCACCUCCCUUAUGCCCCCUGCCAUCAAGAAACAGAAAACCGCAGAUGUAACGCUCAGUGCUCUGAAUGACUUGGAUGUGAACAGCGACCUGGUGGACAUUGAGGGACUGGGAGAUGGAUCCAACACCAAGCUCAAUUUCGAUCAAGAGAGCCUCAACCUGGACUCCAGCCUCAUGAACUCCAGUGACUUGCCCCUCCUGUCUUGCUGACCUCUAACCCCACUGUACCCGUGGGUUGGAAAACCUGGGUCCCUCUAUCACCAGAAAGCAGAUUACAGAGCUAUUUUGGACAGAUUUUAUCAGAUGCAUUUUUGUAAUUUUAUGAACCCCCCCCCCCCCAAUCAAGUGCUUCUCUAUUCAGUCCGUGGCUUUUCUAAAGAGAAACCCUUCCAUUUCACUCUGAGAAAAAAAAAUGUGUUGCAGUGCAGGGGUGCGUUCAGUUUGAUUAUACAUUUGUAACGUUGCAGAAUGGUUUGUACUGAACGACAUGUUUCCCCAACACGUUCUUGAACAGACUUUGAGGUACGUUUUCUGUUUGGUAGGUGUGGCUUGAAGCAAUGAGUGAAUAUUUAAAGGGAAGCAGCAAGGUGUUCCACAACCUAGUUCCCUCCCUGUUUUUUCAACUGGUUGUUCAGAACACCACCGUUUCUGUUGCUUUAAGUGUUUUCUUGUACUGAAUGCAGCCAUCGGGCAUAUUCAUUAGGCAAAUUCUGUUGAAAAAAGAAUCUUGAAAGCAAACAAAAUGAAACCAGGAGGGACUUACCAGAAUCAGUCCAAUAGAAACUCUUAUUUAGCUCUGUUUACUUCCACUGGGUUAUUAUACGGUUUCCGUAAUGGAGUGAGUGUACAUGUUGUGUACCACGGGUUGAUAUAUUUAUAAAGACAAGAUAUAGGCUAGCCAAGUAUUAUUUAAUGUUGUUCAAACAAUGGUUGUGCAUGACAUGAUUCCUUUUUAUGCUGUUUAGUAAAAUGUUAAUAUAUAUUUUUUUGUCUUUCACUGUGCUUGUAGAAUUGUGACACAGAGGGUAGCAGUUCGACUGCCAUCUAAGGUGGUUAUAAAGAAAGCUUGCAGAAAUGGACAGGUAACCAUAUCAAAUUAUCUAUGGAGACAAAGGAAAGUCCACAGGUUUUCUGAUAUAAUACAGUGACUUUUAUUAUCAUGAUUUUAUUUAUAUAUUUAAAAGUUGUACAUUAUUCCCCCCCCUCCCCCUAAAACGAGACACAUUUUGUGUCAACUUUACAGGCAUGAGAAAGGCUACUCGGAGGGAAUUAAUAUCGUUUCUCUCGCUCUCUAUUAAAAGUUCCAUUAAAAAAUACAA